AUGAUUUUUGAUUCUGAUGCUAAAAAUGAUGACUCUAUUAUGCCAUAUUCUUCUGAACCUUCAGCUGUAUGGAACUACGUAAAUCGAGGCGACGACAAAAAUUAUGCACAACGUCUAUUAUGUGAUAAACGUAUAUCUACAAAUAAUUGGUCCACUACAACUCUUCGUCCACAUUUUAUAGAACAACACAACAAAACUGAUUUAAUCUUAUCGAUAGAAUGGAAGACAUUCAUGACAUCAACGGCAACUAAAACUUAA